GAGAACUGCUCACACUCACACAGAGAGAUACAGGCUGAGGUUAAGCAAACAUAGACAAGCAUCAGGAUUUUCCAGGGAGUCUCCAUUAUUUCUGGCUUGGGGUCUCUAAUGGUAUUUCAUUGUAAUUGCUAUGAUGUCAGAGUGUCCGUCCGCCCUAAUGGCCUUCUAAAAACAACAACAAGGACAGAUUGGUUCCAUUCACUGCUUGUUGUCCGGACAGAGAGAACCGCAGUCCAGCAGCUCCAAUCUCUGCAAGAUCUCCAGCUGAAAAGUCAUCAUCCCCAGCAUGCAUCUCCAUCCCCUGUCCGUGUCUUUCCUCGUCCUCGUUGUCGCCGUGGCAGCAGAGAUGUGCGUUGCCGUGACGACACCGCUUCACGGCUUCCGAGGCUGCGCCGUGAGAGAGUUCUCGUUCGUGGCCCAGAAGCCGGGCUGCAAGGGGCUGCGUAUCACCACAGAGGCCUGCUGGGGGCGCUGUCACACCUGGGAGAAACCUGUGCUAGAUCCUCCCUACAUCCACCGUCACCACCGAGUGUGUACGUAUAAUCGGACCCGCCAGAUGACGGCUCGCCUGCCGGGCUGCCAGCCCAAUGUCUCCCCCAUCUACCACUACCCCAUGGCUCUGCACUGCCACUGCGCCAUCUGCUCCACACAGGACGCAGAGUGUGAGACCUUCUGAGGGGCAGGACGCUGCGUCAGCUCAAAAUGUUAUCAACAGUU